GAUAUUUAAAGAAAUGGGAUUUAUGUAUGAUUUUGUUAUAAGUGCUGUUGUACAUCUUCUAAUCAAAAUAAAGUUGCUAUUGUUAAUGAAAGAAUCAUACCUGAAAAUCUUCCAUUUAUGUCUAAUUUUCAAAAUGAUAAAAAUUCAACUAAAGAUUCAAAAACAGCUGUUAGAGGUCAAAUCUCAUCUAUUUUAAAAAAUAGGAACGUUAAAAAUACAUUAUAAAAAUCUAGGUGUUAUAUAGUGCCUGAAUAUAAUUCAGGAACUUUUAGAGAUAAAAUUUAAAAAAUCUAUUUUCCAUAUGAUAAUGCUGAAAUUUCAGCUGAACCAAAAAUGAAAGGAG